GCCCGGACUCCUCCGCAACCUGCCCUUGCUCGGUGGCCGCGGCUGAGAUGGAGACGUGAGGCUGCGGUGGACGAUGACGGCCGCGCUGGCGAAUGGAGGCGGCCUGGGGAACCCCGACGGCGGCGGCGGCGCCCGGCGCGAUAGCGGGGAGGGCGGCUGCCAAGCCGAGGGCAGCCAGGGGGCCGAGGAGGGACAGCCCCGCCAGCUGACGCCCUUCGAGAAGCUGACGCAGGACAUGUCCCAGGAUGAGAAGGUGCUGCGGGAGAUCACGCUCGGCAAGCGGAUCGGCUUCUACCGCAUUCGCGGCGAACUUGGCAGCGGCAACUUCUCCCAGGUCAAGCUCGGCAUCCACUCCUUAACCAAAGAAAAGGUGGCCAUUAAGAUCCUGGACAAGACCAAGUUAGACCAGAAAACCCAAAGGCUACUCUCCCGGGAAAUCUCCAGCAUGGAGAAACUGCACCACCCCAACAUCAUCCGCCUUUACGAAGUCGUGGAGACUCUGUCCAAGCUCCAUUUGGUGAUGGAGUAUGCAGGGGGUGGGGAGCUCUUUGGGAAAAUCAGCACGGAAGGGAAGCUCUCUGAACCAGAAAGCAAGCUCAUCUUCUCCCAGAUCGUGUCGGCUGUGAAGCACAUGCAUGAAAACCAAAUUAUUCACAGAGAUCUGAAAGCAGAGAAUGUAUUCUAUACCAGUAAUACGUGUGUGAAGGUGGGUGACUUUGGAUUCAGCACAGUAAGUAAAAAAGGUGAAAUGCUCAACACUUUCUGUGGAUCUCCUCCCUACGCUGCACCUGAACUUUUCCGAGAUGAACACUACGUUGGCGUUUAUGUGGAUAUCUGGGCCCUGGGGGUGCUCUUGUACUUCAUGGUGACUGGCACAAUGCCAUUUCGAGCAGAGACUGUGACCAAACUGAAGAAGAGCAUCCUUGAGGGCACAUACAGUGUGCCUCCACAUGUGUCCGAGCCCUGCCAUCGACUCAUCCGAGGAGUCCUUCAGCCGAUACCUACAGAGAGGUUUGGGAUCAACUACAUCAUGAACAAUGAGUGGAUGCAAGGGGUGCUGUACCCCACCCCUCUGGAACCUUUCCGACUGGAUCCCAAGCAUUUGUCAGAAACGAGUACCCUCAAAGAAGAAGAAAAUGAGGUCAAAAGCACUUUAGAACAUUUGGGUAUUACGGAAGAACACAUUCGAAAUAAUCAAGGGAAAGAUGCUCGAAGCUCAAUCACAGGGGUCUAUAGAAUCAUUUUACAUAGAGUCCAAAGGAAAAAGGCUUCGGAAAGUGGCCCAGUAAUGAUGCUACCAGACCCCAAAGAAAGAGACCUAAAGAAAGGGUCCCGUGUCUACAGAGGCAUAAGACACACAUCCAAAUUUUGUUCAAUUUUAUAAAUUGCAUCAGAUUGCUGGUAAUAAACCAAGACCACUGUUACUGCUUUAUAAUUUUUUCAUGGACAACCUGGGUGGGAACAUUUUUGUAAUUUUUAAAUAAAUUUAAAUUUGAGAUAUGCAUUU